AUGGAUAGCGGCACCACAGAGAAGCAGACCUCAGCGUCGGAGGUCGAGGCGCAGCCCACCUCCAUGGGUGGACCUAUUCACGAUGAGAAGGUCGACUACGACAGAGCGGGCGCCAUUGAGGCCGAGGCGACCGAACAUAAUAUGACUGUGCUCCAGGCUGUCAAGGCCUAUCCCGCCGCCAGCUGGUGGGCAUUCGUGAUGUCAUGCACCAUUAUCAUGGAGUCAUACUGUGUUUUCUUAAUGGGACAGUUCAUAGCGACACCGAAAUUUGCCGAAGACUUCGGUGUAUACACCGCAAAAACAGAUGAGUGGAUUAUCGAAGCUCAAUGGCAGUCAGCAUUCCAGUGUAGCGGGCCAAUCGGUGCCUUCAUCGGUGUAUUCGUCGCAGGUCCCAUUACCAGUUGGAUUGGAUAUCGAUGGGCAACCAUUGGCGGUCUCAUGUUCUUGAACGCCUUCAUCUUCAUCUUCUAUUUUGGCAACAGCCAGGGGAUGUUUUUUGCGUCCCAGAUUCUGGAAGGCAUCCCGUGGGGCAUUUUUAUCGCUAAUGCACCCGCCUACUGUGCCGAAAUUGUACCAAUGAGAUUGAGAGCUCCAGCGACGCAGAUGUUGCAGAUGUUCUGGGCAAUUGGGUCGAUUAUAGUCGGCGGUAUCACUUACCACUACCAAUCCAAGAAUGACUCGUCAGCGUACAGAGUUCCCAUUGCACUCCAGUGGAUGUUUCCUACUCCCCUCGCUAUCCUACUCUUCAUUGCGCCUGAAUCGCCCUGGUGGCUCGUACGAAAGGGCCGGCUGGCUGAGGCAGAGAAGGCUAUCAAACGCCUUGGACGCGCAAGUGCUACUGAUAAUCCCGCUGAUGCAGUCGCAAUGAUGCGUCGCACGAUUGAACUCGAGAAGACUGAGAAGAAGCCCAGUCUGGUUGAACUGUGGAAAGGUACCGAUCUCUACCGCACAUUGAUCGUGUGCGGUGUGUACGCAUCUCAGAAUCUAACGGGCAAUCUAAUUGCCAACCAAGCGGUUUACUUUUUCAAACAGGCCGGCAUGGCAUCCAAUACUGCAUUUGCACUUGGUCUCAUCACUUCUGCCCUCCAGUGGAUCAUGGUCAUGCUCUCUUGGAUCCUCACCACAUACCUUGGCCGACGCACCAUCUAUGUCUAUGGUCAAUUGAUCAACUGUACAUUUUUGGUCGCGCUCGGUAUUGCGGCUUCGGUUGGCGCCAGUACGGCGGCUAGCAAUGCGCAGGCAUCACUUGGCUUGAUUGUAUCCGUGCUGUUCUGCCUGGGACCCGCCCCUGCCUCAUGGGUCAUCAUCGGCGAGACAUCUUCCGUUCGCCUCAGACCACUGACAACCGGUGUUGGACGAGGUGCCUACUAUGUGGUUAAUAUUCCUUGCAUCUUCCUUUCCAGCUACAUGCUCAACACUGAUAAGUGGGACCUGGGCGGCAAGAGCGGCUACAUCUGGGCUGGUACCGCCUUUAUCUGCACCGCCAUGUCUUGGUACUGGAUCCCAGAGAUGAAGAAUAGAUCCUUCCGUGAGAUCGACAUUCUGUUCCGGCGUCGUGUCCAGGCUCGGAAAUGGAAGCGGACGGUCGUCGAUAUCCACGAUGAUGAGUAG